AUGGACAAUGGUCUUCCGUGGAAUGACCCUGAAGAUCUGGACUGCGUUCCAGUUCAGUACACUCAGCCUGGGGAUUAUGUGAUAGGGGGAUUGUUCUCCUUGUGCACAACCCCGAUAACGGGACGCCGUGAAGGCGAGUGUAAAUGUGCGGCAGUCGAUGAGAUGUCAUGCCACCUUUUCCAAGUUAUGAGACUCGCUGUGAUGGAAAUUAACAGAUCCGACCGCCUGCUUCCCAAUGUGACUCUGGGGUACCAUGUCUUGGAUUGCACCUCCGAGGCGAUCUGCUUAAAGGCAACGUUGUACUUUGUUUCAACCAAGAAAGGGCUGCAAGUAAAUUCACAGUCCUUCUUGUACAACGAUAAAACCAACGUGAAGGCAGUGAUCGGCCCCAUGUUCAGCAGCAUAGCCUUGAGUUUGGGACCCAUUCUGAGUCCCUUUCUUAUGCCACAGGUCAGCUAUGGAGCUACAAAUGAGAAAUUAAGCAACAAGUGGUCAUAUCCCUCCUUCUUCCGGACCAUUCCCAGCGACAAUAACCAAGUCAAGGCAAUGCUCAUGCUCCUAGCAAAGUUCCGGUGGAACUGGAUUGCGCUCCUGACCAGCGAAGAGGACUAUGGGGAGGAUGGAGGGCAGCGCUUGCUGGAGCUCGCCUCCCAGUAUGGGGUUUGCGUCGCGUACAAAGGAAAGUUUCCCACUGCAACGAUAGAGACCAGACUGAAAGACAAAGUGUGGAUUGCCAGCGAGCCCAUGACCUACCAAGCGUUUCUGGAGCAAAACGCUGGCAAGCUUAUAUUAUUCCCAGUCACGCAACCAAAGCUCUCUAAAGAGCUUAAAUCUGAAUUGAACAGGAAAGAAACCGUUAAGACUGACAUGCAGAAUGAGACGAAGGCAGUGCAUGGCUGUCAGGAAUGUAGCUCGGUUAUAGAUAAGGGAGUCGAUGGUCACUACGAAUUCAGUGUAUAUUCUGCUGUGCACGCUGUAGCGCAUGCCCUGCACCAGCUACUGGGAUGUGACUCUGGAAACUGCCGCAAGGACGCCUUCCAUCCCAAAGACGUGGGUAUAUUGUUGCUGGUGGAGCUGCAAAAGGUGAACUUCUCUCUUCUCAACCAGUCGGUCUAUUUUGACGAGAACGGGAACCACCUUUCUAGUUAUGACGUCGUUUUGUGGGACUGGGGUGUUGGGAAGGUGUCUCCCACGAAGAUUGGGUUUUAUAGCCCUGCAUCGGAAACCUUUGAGGUCGAUGGAAGUUUGAUCAACUGGACGAAUAACAAGGUGAUCUUAAUAAAGGACUUCCAUCUCUAUGUCUGCCAACCCUGUCCGAACGGACACUGGUCAUCUAAAGGAAGUGUCCUUUGCCAGCCCAGAACCCUGGUCUACCUCUUCUGGACGGACAAUGUGUCCAUAAUACUGCUGGGGGUGUCUCUCCUUUUCCUGCUUAUGGUUUCAGGCACUGCGGUGGUCUUUGUGGCUAACUUGAAUACUCCAGUGGUACGGUCAGCGGGAGGCAAAAUCUCCUUACUCAUGUUAGCAUCGCUGGCAUCGUCUUGUUGCGGUGUCUUUUCCAAUGUUGGGGAACCCACUGUGGCGACCUGCCAGCUCGCGGUUGUUUUUGCUUUGGGUUUCACAACAUGCCUUUCCUGCAUCACAGUGAGAUCGUUCCAGUUGCUAUGUAUUUUCAAACUGGCUGCAAAGCUGCCCAAUUCCUUUGAUUUUUGGGUUAAAGAACAAGGGCAAUACAUUCUUAUCUUUCUGUGCACCACCCCCCAGAUUGCUAUUUCCAUAUACCUGCUGGUCAGCGGUUUACCUCCCGCUGAAAUCAUUAACAAUGACACGGUAAUGCCAAUAUGCAAUACCUCAGGUCUGGUACUGAAUCUGUCUUACAUUGUCCUGCUCAACUUGUUCAGCUUCGCUUGUUCGUACAUGGGGAAAAAACUUCCAGAUAGUUACAACGAGGCCAAGUGCACUGCAUUCAGUUUGUUCAUAUGUAUAACCUCAUGGAUUUCUUAUUUGACAUUGAUUUCUGUAUAUAGAGGGAAUCCAGCCGCUUUUAACGCAGCGACUAUGUUGACGACUUUAUUUGCAAUCUUUGGGAGUUACUUCAUCCCUAAAUGCCACGCUAUCCUGAUUAGACCAGAACUGAACACCACUACCCACUUUCAGUCCUGCAUCCAGCUGUAUACAAUGCAGAACAAUACGCAGCCCAAGCUCAACUGA